GAACGACCUACAUUAUUGUCAUAGUCACAAGUUAGAUGUUGUAAUUGAUUUCACUCCUUCCAAUCACAUAUUCUCAAUUUCAUAUCUCCAAAGGAGUGAAUAGUAACAACUCUCACAGCUUUUUAUAACUUUCAACCAUAUCUCCAGAAAAAUGCCAAGACCAGUUUCAACACAAUCUGAACAAGAAGAAAAUGCUGAAGCACUUCUACUUGAAGAAUAUGAACGAUUGCAUAACCAGUUGCGGAUAUUACAAAAUGAACGUCAAAAACAAAUUGAUGGAUUUACUUUCAAGUUGGGAAAAUAUAAAAAAUCUACUGAAAUGUUAGAAAAAGAAAAUGAAGAAAUUAAAAAUCUUUUAUCACUUGUGGACAGUACUUAUAAUAAAAAACAAGAUAUGAAAUGCAUUGAACAAUUAAAGCAAAUUUUACAAGAUCUAGAUCAUACACAUUUACAAAUUAACGAACUGAAAGCUUAUGGAAAACGAUUAGAUAGUGAGGCACAUAAAAUAGAGAAACUUCUUCAAGAGAAACAACAAGUUCGUAGAAUACAAGCAAAAAAAGAACUUGAAACUGCUGAACUCAAAGUACAAGUUGAGAAAAAGCUAUUAGCUAUGGAAAAUAAUUUACAUGAAAAAAAUAUGAGAUUUUGUGACACUUUAGCAUAUAACAAAAAAAUUCGUCAUGAAAUAGAAUGUGCUCGAAAUGAACGAAAUAUUUAUUGUUCGAUACAUCAAAAAUUAAGAGAUAAAUUAAUACAUUUAAACAAAUUGAAAACAAAGCUAAUUCAACAAGCAAGUCUUAUAUAUGAUCAAAGAGCAGAUGCAAAAUAUAAAAGUAAUGCAUUAAAAGAGAAAAACGAAAAAGAUAAUGCUACAUUUGAAACUGAAAUUAAAGAUUUACAAAGAAUUAUAGAUCAUAAUGAUCAAUUAAGAAAAUUUAUGGCAACAAAAUCCGAUGAUCGUUUGGAAUGGAAACAAAAAGCAGAUAAUCGUAGACAAAAAUAUGGCUCUACCGGUGAAAUAGCACAACAACAGAGAUGUCAAACAAUACAAGAAUAUGAAUUAACUAUGAAUCGUUUACAAUUAAUCACUGGAAAAUCUGAUAUUCAACAAAUGACUAGAUAUUACAGACGUAAUGAAGAUGAUAAUUUCACAAUGUUUAAAUAUGUAACUGAAUUAAAUAAUCAGAUUGAAUGUCUAAAUGAUGAUAUCGUAAAUAUUGAGAAAACUAUCAGUGAAUUUCAUGAAGAACAAAAAGAGUUUGAGAAGCAAAGAAUCAAUAGAAUCAAUGAAUUACAGGAACAAAUCAAAGCCGAUAGAGAAGCAGCCAAUGCAGCUGAAAAUCGUGCAAUACAUAUUCACAAAUUAUUAGAUCAAAUUAAAAAAGAAAUUAAACAAUUAACUAUAAAACUUGGUUGUGAUUUAUCUAGAAUAACUGAAAUGCUUGGCGGUGAUGGUGAUGAAAUCACUGAAAGAAAUUUAAUGCUUUAUUUGAAUAUAUUAGAACAAAGAGUGGAUGAAUUAUUAUCAGUUAAAUGUUAUUCACAAACUAAAGGAAAUGCUGAUGAGAUGAAUCAAGACGAUUUGAAGAUAAUGAUGGCACCGAAUUUCAUGGAAGCUGUAAGAACAAACAGAGAUGCAUCACUUGACUUACCAUCGUUACAAGAUGAAGAUGAUAUGAAUGAUGAUGAGGAUACACAAAUAUCAAUCCGUCCAUUAUCACAUGAUGAAAUAAUUGGUCGAGUUACGCUUCAAUUACAAAAGUUGGAAGAAAAGCAUACACCUACGCAGCACGCCAAUAAAUCUUAUAGUCGAGUUUCAUCAGGCAAUAGGCGAUUAAAACUUCAUGGGUAA